GCCAGGAAAAGCAGGAAUUCCAGAGAGUGGAGUCCAAAGAGUUUCCCGUGGAGUUGUCGGGAGCAGAGAGCGUGUGUGUGUGCGUGUGUGUGCGGGACUUCUGCGGGGACUAGGGUGGCAUGAUGUGGGCUCGGUUGACGGUCGGGGUUGGGGGAUCGGGGCUCGGGCUGCGGGCUUGCAGAGACGGUUUGCUGCGGGUCACUGGAGCUGGAUGUGAGGGGAAGAAGCAGCAGAGACGAGCUUCCAGUGCAGAGGCCUCCUUGAGGAAGACUCCGCUCUUUGACUUCCACAGGGGACAUGGGGGGAAGAUGGUGGAGUUUGCCGGCUGGAGCAUGCCUGUCCAGUACAAAGAGAGUCACAUCGCCUCACACAUGCACACCAGAGAGCACUGCUCCAUCUUCGACGUCAGCCACAUGCUGCAGACCAAAGUUCAUGGCAGAGACAGGGUGAAGUUCAUGGAGUCUCUGGUGGUCGCGGAUAUCGCAGAACUCAAGGACAACCAGGGUAGCUUGUCCCUCUUCACCAAUGAGAAAGGAGGAAUCAUGGACGACCUCAUAGUGACAAAGACAGACCAGGGCUACCUCUACGUCGUCUCCAACGCUGGCUGUGCCGACAAGGACUCAGCUCAUAUGAAGGCUAAACUGGCAGAGUUCAAAGCUGCAGGUUUCGAUGUGGAUCUGGAGUUCCUUGAUGAAGCGCUGAUUGCCCUUCAAGGUCCCACCAUGUCCCGGGUGCUCCAGGGGGGGCUGAAGGAGAACCUCAGCAAGCUGACCUUCAUGACCUCCACCCUGGCCACUGUGUUUGGUAUUCCUGACUGCAGGAUCACUCGCUGCGGAUACACCGGAGAGGACGGGGUGGAGAUCUCUGUCCCUCGGUCCAAAGUGGUUGAGCUGACGGAGAAGCUGCUGACUAACGGUGAGGUGAAGAUGGCCGGUCUGGGAGCCAGGGACAGUCUGCGGCUGGAGGCGGGGCUCUGUCUCUAUGGCAACGAUAUAGAUGAGACGACCACGCCCGUGGAGGCCACCCUCGUCUGGACCAUAGGAAAGCGCCGGCGCCAGGCCAAAGAUUUCCCCGGCGCUGACAUCAUCGUACCUCAGAUAAAAGCCAAGACCGCCAGGAAGAGAGUCGGCCUGGUGUCCACCGGACCCCCAGUCAGGCAGCACACACCCAUCCUCAGCCCUGACGGGAAGGUCAUAGGUGAGGUGACCAGCGGCUGCCCCUCUCCCUGCCUGAAAAAGAACGUUGCCAUGGGUUACGUGGACGCAGCAUUCGCCAAGAACGGAACAGCCAUCCAGGUGGAGGUCAGGAAGAAAGCAGUGCCCGCCACCGUCAGCAAGAUGCCCUUUGUCCCCACCAAUUACUACACUGGAUAGGCCCGGAUAAAACCAGGUGCUCUCCCAGUGGAGCAUUCAUCACUGCGUUUACCUUAUUUACCAAUGCUGCCCCCUGCUGUUCACCUCUGGCAGCGCAACAUCAAUAGAAGAACGCGAUCCGACUUUUUGAAAAUGGUUUUACACUGAUGCAUGUGCACAUUAAAUGUUUAAAGCUGUGUCACAGUGUACGUACAAAACGGAAAAAACAUACGCUACAAACACCGUGCGGGAUAUUUUGAACCUUGCUGCUCCACAUACAGCCUGUGCAUUUAAGAAAUGGUGUUGUGCGUUAACAUGGUUUCACCUGUGAAUGGAUUUGUAGUGAAUCAGCAGCAAUGAACACAUGACGUGUGAAAUCAAAGCAGUAUUGUUGAAUGUAUGCAUCACUACAGCACGGCCCCUGGAUGUUAACAUGGUUCAUGGACCAAGUCUUUCUUUUUCUACUUUGAAACAUGAUUUAAUCUUUAUUUGUAACAGGACCAAAUACAAAAAAGAACAAAAAAAUCAAAGCGGUUCUUUUGACGUUAUGUCAUCAUUGUAUUUGUUUUUUUGUUUUGUUUUUUUGUGGUCUCCUAAUUUCCAAAUAAUAAUGUCUCUGGACACAGCUUGACUAAUGGAUGACCAGCUUGUUGUCAUUCCAAUCCUGCACUGUGAUAAUGAUAAUUAACACAAACAUAUAGGCUCAGUUUUUUCGUCCUUUUAUUUUUUUUUUAGUAUUAAUUUCCUUAUUUUUUUUUAUUUUUGUCUUGCUUAGUUUCGCUGCCUUUUCAUAAAGUAAUAAUAUAUAGUUUACACCACAUGCAGCACAUUGAGUCUAACUUGAAAGAAGUGUAAUAACUGUAUUAAAUUAGGAUUUUGAAUCAAAGUCUGCUAUAUGUGUAGAGCAACAAUACUACUGAUUUAUAUGUCGUCUACGAGGUACGCUGUGUGUGAGGACUUACUUAGCUGAAGGUUUAUGUAAACUUUAUAAAUAACAUUUUGUGUUUGAUUUGACACUGUAUGUUUUUAAUAACGUAGUUUUUGUUUGACUUUUAACUGUGGCACUGAAAUUAAAACACUGAUUUUAAAAUA